AUUACCGGCAUUACAGCACCACUGCCGGUCAGGUUUUCUUUAGUCGGUGGUAAAAUCCACAUUGAAGGGUAUUUAACUUUUUUAUUUAUACAACUUGUUUACAAAAUGCCUGGAUAUUCAGACAGAGACCGCGGCAGGGAUAGAGACAGAGGGUACGGUGGUGGCGGAGGACCCCCUCGCUUCGGCGGAGGUGGUGGUCGUGGAGGUGGAGGCGGUGGAGGGAAGUUCGGAAACCCCGGAGAAAGGCUGAGGAAGAAACAAUGGAACAUGGAUGAGCUCCCUAAAUUUGAGAAGAACUUCUACCAACAGCAUCCCGAUGUUACCCGCAGGAACCCGGCUGAAGUUGAAACAUACAGACGGACCAAAAUCAUUACCAUUAAGGGGAGAGAUUGCCCAAAUCCUAUUGCCAAUUUCCACGAAGCCAGCUUCCCAUCCUAUGUGAUGGAUGUGAUCAACAAAGCGGGCUGGACUGAACCGACACCCAUCCAGGCUCAGGGCUGGCCUCUGGCUCUCAGUGGAAAGGAUAUGGUCGGCAUUGCACAGACUGGCUCUGGCAAGACUCUUUCUUAUUUAUUGCCUUCAAUUGUCCACAUCAACCACCAGCCUUUCCUGGAGCGUGGAGACGGACCCAUUUGCUUGGUGCUAGCCCCGACACGUGAGCUGGCUCAGCAGGUGCAACAGGUGGCAGCAGAAUACGGCAGAGCUUCACGUCUGAAGUCCACAUGUAUCUAUGGAGGCGCCCCGAAAGGACCCCAGAUCCGUGACCUGGAAAGAGGCGUGGAGAUCUGCAUCGCCACUCCUGGCAGGUUCAUCGACUUCCUCGAGUCCGGAAAGACAAACCUCCGCCGUUGCACUUACCUCGUGCUGGACGAGGCCGACAGAAUGCUGGACAUGGGCUUCGAGCCACAGAUCAGAAAAAUCGUCGACCAAAUCCGGCCUGACCGUCAGACUCUCAUGUGGAGUGCUACUUGGCCCAAAGAGGUCCGCCAGCUUGCAGAAGACUUCCUGAAGGAGUACGUCCAGAUCAACGUCGGAGCGCUGCAGCUCAGUGCCAACCACAACAUCCUGCAGAUCGUGGACGUCUGCAAUGACGGAGAGAAGGAAAACAAACUGAUCCGCCUGCUCGAGGAAAUCAUGAGCGAGAAGGAGAACAAGACCAUCAUCUUUGUGGAGACCAAGAGGCGUUGUGAUGAUCUCACCAGGAGGAUGAGAAAGGAUGGAUGGCCUGGUAUGGGAAUCCAUGGAGAUAAAAGCCAGCAAGAGAGAGACUGGGUUCUCAAUGAGUUCAAAUACGGAAAGGCUCCGAUUCUCAUUGCCACAGAUGUUGCCUCCAGGGGUUUAGAUGUGGAAGAUGUGAAAUUUGUCAUCAACUUUGACUACCCCAACAACUCUGAGGACUAUAUCCACCGCAUUGGCAGAACGGCUCGUAGCCAAAAGACAGGCACGGCCUACACCUUCUUCACUCCGAACAACAUGCGCCAGGCCAGUGAUCUCAUCGCUGUGCUCCGCGAAGCCAACCAGGCCAUCAACCCCAAGCUCCUCCAGAUGGCGGAAGACAGAGGAGGGGGGGGUCGUUCAAGGGGCGGUCGAGGUGGUGAUUACAGGGACGACCGGCGGGAUAGGUAUUCUGGGAGACGUGACUUUGGCAGUUUUAGGGACCGGGAUAGCGGUAGCAGAGGAUAUGACAACGGACCAAGCAAACCUUUUGGCAGCAGCAGCAGCAGUUCACAGAACGGCGGCUAUGGAGGAAACGGCAGCAGCGUUAGCGGUGGUGGUGGCGGCGGCGCUGCGGCGGCUAACGGCUACAGCGGAGGAGGAGGAGCCGGGUACAACGGAAACGGACAGUCCAACUUUAACACCCCGCCCGGAGCCUUCGGUGGCCAGAACUUCCAGGCCCAGCCCUUCCUAGCUAAAGCCCCACAACCAGCUGGGCACCCCCCCUUCCCCUUCCCCCAGAACCAGGCUCCUCCUCAGCAGCACCCCCCACCGCUGGUGCCGUACCCCAUGCCUCCUCAAUUCUCGCAGUAAAAUAGCACACACUUGAAAGAAAGUAAUUUAUUGCUUCUUUUUUUGUCUUUUAAGUUCGCCACACUUGAUCCAGAUUUUUUUGUAUUUCCACGACAGGGUUACAGACAACAUCAACCUCUUAUCGAGCCUUUUUAAGAUCUGCAGCGCAGCGUUAGUGGUGUUGCACACUUUUCUUUCCCCCCUAUUACUAUUUAAUUUGUUACAUUCCUCAGUAAUGUUUAGCUUUUGUUUUGUAUUAGGUAAUUACAAAAAUGUAUUGGUUUUUUCUUGUAUCCUGAAAGUGAUGUUAAGCUCCUAACUUGGAAGUGCACUGCAUGAUCUUUCAAAAUAAAACAUAAAAAGAGA